AUGGCGCCAAUCCGCAGUUCGAAGCUUUUGUUCCUCCUCGACCAGCCGAUUUGCUCUCGAUGUACCCGCAGAAUUGCAACUUCGGGCCUGCGCUGGUCGUCCACAUCGACCGAAGCUCCAGCUUCACCUCUGAUGGCUAAAAUCAAGAGUGACUUGAAAAGCGCCAUGCGUGCAAAGGACACAUCAAGAUUAACGGUCCUCCGGGGAACCAUUUCCGAGAUCAACCAAGCCGCCUCGUCUUCCACGCCCAUAAAGUCAGACCUUCAGAUCCUUGCCUUGCUGCGUAAACGGAAAGCUGCCACGCAGGCAGCGAUAAAGGAGGCCGAAGCCGCGAAACGAGCCGACCUGGUAGAGAAGCAGGCGAAAGAGAUGGAGGUCAUUGAUGAAUUGGUGGGAAGUGUCAAGUUGAUGGAUCCUGCCGCCGUCAGAUUGGUGGUCCGAGGGAAGAUAGAGACGUUGAGAAGCACGGCGCAGGGGGAAUUAAAGCAGGGUGCCGUCAUGAAAGAGCUAUUGAAACCUGGAGGUGAGCUGGACGGCAAGCCAUUGGACAACAAAAUACUGGCAGAAUUGGUGAGGGAGGAGUUACUUAGCAACCACAACCCCUCGUGA